CUUUCAUUUUUUUUUUUUAAUCCAUUCAAUUUUUCUUUCUUUUCUCCCUUUUCUUUUGAAUUCUACUCACAUAUACAACAACAAUAACAACAGAAUGACUGGAUUAUAUAUGCUUGAUUAUGGAGCUGGAAAUGUUCGUAGUUUGGUGAAUGCUGUAAACCGUUUAGGUUAUGACAUUCAAUUCGUCAAUGAACCUUCCGAUAUUUUGAAAGCCGAGAAAUUGAUCUUUCCUGGUGUGGGUGCUUUUGGACAUGCUAUGGAAGCAUUGAACAAGAAAGGUUACGCGACACCUUUGAAGGAAUACAUUGCGUCUGGACGGCCGUUUAUGGGUAUCUGUGUGGGUAUGCAAACAUUGUUUGAAGGAUCAGAUGAAAGCGAUAUUCCCGGGUUAGGUGUGAUUCCAGGAAUUACCAAGGAAUUCGAUCGACAAAGCAAAGCAGUACCUCAUAUGGGAUGGAAUGGUGCUCAAGUACUUAAACAAAGCAAUUCUACGGCUCAGCAAGAUGUCAGCUACAGUAUCAAGGAUGACUCUGUGUAUUACUUUGUGCACUCUUAUGCGGUACCUUAUAACAGCGACAAACACAAGGAAUGGGCUUUGACUACGACACAAUAUGGUGAUGAAUUGUUUAUUAGUUCUGUACAAAAGGGUAAUCUGUUUGCGACUCAGUUUCAUCCGGAAAAGAGUGGGUAUGCUGGUUUACGUGUGCUUCAAUCCUUUUUGGCUGGUACUGGUGUGGUAGAUGCAAGUGAAGUGACUUUAAUCAAGGAUCCUACUGUGAACUCCAAGGAUAGAUUUAUCAAGAGAAUCAUUGCCUGUUUGGAUGUACGUGCCAAUGAUAGUGGUGAUCUUGUGGUGACCAAAGGUGAUCAAUAUGAUGUACGUGAAAAAUCAGCAGAUGGUGGUGAUGAUGUGCGCAACUUGGGAAAACCCGUGGAAUUGGCCAAACGGUAUUUUGAGGAAGGUGCUGAUGAAGUUACUUUCUUGAACAUUACUAGUUUCCGUAACUGUCCUCUUGGUGACACCCCUAUGCUUGAAGUACUUCGACGUACCUCAGAAACUGUCUUUGUGCCUUUGACUAUCGGUGGUGGUAUCCGUGAUGUGGUGGAUCCUGAUGGUACGGUGCAUCCUGCGUUUGAAGUGGCUGGUGAAUACUUCCGAUCUGGUGCCGACAAAGUGUCUAUUGGUAGUGAUGCUGUGUAUGCUGCAGAAAAUUAUUUGGCUCGAGGAAAGGAUGGAAAGAGUGCUAUUGAAACUAUUGCGAAGGCCUAUGGUGCACAAGCUGUAGUGAUUUCUGUCGAUCCACGUCGUGUUUAUGUCAAUGAUCCUAGUGAAACUACUCAUCACGUUGUGAAGGCAAGUCAACCUGGACCCAAUGGAGAACAAUACUGCUGGUAUCAAUGUACUGUCAAAGGUGGACGCGAAGGUCGUGAUUUGGAUGUACGACAAUUAGUGACAGCAUGUGAAGCUCUUGGUGCUGGUGAAAUUCUUCUGAAUUGUAUGGAUCGUGAUGGUACAAACUCUGGAUAUGAAUUGGAAUUGAUUAAUGAUGUAAAGGAUGCUGUUAGUAUUCCAGUGAUUGCAUCUAGUGGUGCUGGUAAUGUGGGUCAUUUUGAACAAGUUUUUGAAGAAACAAAGGUAGAAGCUGCUUUGGCUGCAGGUAUUUUCCAUCGUCACGAGGUUCCUAUUCAAUCUGUCAAGGAUCAUUUAAAAUCUGUUGGUAUUUCUGUUCGAGCAAAUGAACCUGAAUUGUAGAUAUAUAGAUUAUUAUUAUUAUUAUUAUUAUCAUCUUUAUUUAUAUUUGUUUUUUUUAUUUGAUCACAUCAAUAAAAUAAAAAUU